CUUGCUCUAACUUACCUCCCAACGGCACCGCCGCCUCGCCCCAAAACGAACCCACUCGCACUGGGUUCUCUUUCAUUAGAUUUCGCCAUCACUACCUGGGCAUCUUUUAACUUUCUUCUCCUUUUAACAUCCCACGACACAAUCGACUAAGACAAUUAAAAGGCAUUGCCUUUGCAAAUACCAACGGAACCUUCCAGACGAUUUUUUUGCGCCUCAGCUUUUGUGCAAUUCCUACAGAACCUUAUCAAUCCUCUCAUAUCCACGUGCGCGCGCGCCGAGAGAAGCAGCAUCAAGGAACUACCCGAUUCGCGCCGAUCCUUAAUUCUACCCCAAAAACAACAACAGCUGCAUUGCUGAUAUUUGAUGGCUUCUUGGAAAUCGUUCUCGGUCCCGUCGUUUCGGCUGACGCAGCUCGCCCAAGAUGCAUAUGAACUGCCCGUACAAACCCUCGCCAACACCCAUGAAUCGCACCCAUCCAUCGGGCAUCUUUGUCUUCUCGUGUUCGAGGCUGUCCUUGAAGUAGUAUGUGUCAGUCUACCUGGCUACAUCGUUGCGCGACUUGGCCACUUCGAUGCCGAGAAGCAGAAAUUCUUGGCUAAUCUAAAUGUGAUGCUAUUCACACCAUGCUUGAUCUUCACCAAGCUCGCCUCCCAGCUUAACGCUGAGAAGCUAUCCGAUCUCGCUAUCAUACCGGUCAUCUUCGUCGUCCAAACGUUUGUAUCAUGGGCUGUAUCAUAUGUCGUCGCAAAGUUGUUCCGAUUCAACAGACGGGCAUCCAACUUCGUUACGGCAAUGGGUGUUUUCGGAAACUCCAACUCGUUACCCAUCUCCCUUGUUUUGUCACUCUCUCAAACGCUGAAAGGUCUGCAUUGGGACAAAGUUCCGGGCGAUAACGAUGACGAAGUUGGCGCGCGUGGUAUCCUUUACCUCCUUAUCUUCCAGCAGCUUGGUCAGCUCGUUCGCUGGAGUUGGGGUUACCAUGUCCUUCUUGCCCCUAAGGAUAAAUACCCCGAGUACCGCGAAGAAAUUGCCGAGGAAGGCCAGCGUUAUCACGAUGAUGAGAAUCAUGAUGACUACCAGAAUGCGGCUCUGAUCGAUGGCCUUGACGGAGAAACAGAGGACGAGGGAGACAGCCACAGUAUCGACUCGCAAAAUUAUGAUCCGGCUGGCCGUACCCCUGUGGCAAAUGCCUCCCGAGUUUCAUUGGCAGUUUCUAGCGAUGACGAAUAUUUGCCCAAAAAGCCGCAUUUCAAGAAUAACCAAGAGCAAACGGACGUUGUUGCUCCCCUUAAUGGAAAUGAAGGUAGCAUGGAUUCCUUCCCCCGUGUCCCGGCAUUGGAGGAUCAGGAAGAGCCCACUGGCAUCGCGGGCCGGACUAAAUCUGCUAUUAAAUCGCCCUUCAUCCGUCUUGGAAAGGCAACAUCCCAAACCCUCAGCAACUGGUACCAGAAGUCUCCAGCUCCUGUUAAAUCUUGUUUGAAAGUUACGAAGCGUGUGGCUGGGAAAUUCAACAACUUUAUCUGGGAAUUUAUGAACCCCCCUCUCUGGGCUAUGUUGAUUGCCAUCCUCGUCGCCUCUAUUCCGGCUCUUCAACGACUCUUCUUCGAGGAGGGCUCUUUCGUCCAGAACAGUGUGACCAACGCCGUUCGCUCCAGUGGAGAUGUCGCUGUCCCACUGAUCCUCGUUGUUCUCGGCGCCAAUCUUGCUCGUAAUACCAUGGCUAAGGAUGAGGCUUUAGACCCCGAGGAAGAGCGCAUCGGCAACAAACUUCUCAUUGCCUCCCUUCUUUGCCGUAUGGUUCUACCAACUGCCAUCAUGGCUCCUAUGCUUGCGCUCAUGGCCAAAUAUGUGCCCGUUAGCAUUCUUGACGAUCCAAUUUUUGUUAUCGUUUGUUUCUUGCUCACGGGAGCUCCCAGCGCCCUCCAGCUCGCUCAAAUUUGCCAGAUUAACAGUGUAUUUGAGAAGACAAUGGGCAGAAUUCUGUUCCAGAGCUAUGUCAUCUGGAUUCUUCCCUCUACUCUUAUUUUGGUAAUGAUGGCCCUCGAGGUUGUUGAGUGGGCUCGAUGAUGCGCCUGUCUAAAUACACUAGACAGAGAAGUGAAAUGAUCAUGUCUUUCAUGCGUCAAAUGCUAUUUAUUGAGUUUGUUUGAUCUGUCUUUACAGUUGUUUGUCUGCAACGGCGUUGGGUGGCUGGAAUUGAUUGGGAAUUGGGAAAAUUUAUACUGGCGUGGCCUUGCGGCAAUCCGAGGGUUCCCAAAGCUUGACCUGGUGGAAGAGCGAUAUGGAUCCGAGCGUUUUUUGCCUGCUUUUGCUUCGUUGUGUAAAAAAGGCACUGGUUUUGAGGAGUUGAUCCACAUAGUACUCUGUCUGGAAUGCCUGUGUCUUGCGAAUGCUCGAAAUAUACAUUAUUCUCACAUUGGAU